AUGGGUCGACCGAAACGCAAACUGCUAGCGACGGCAGCGGAGACAUCCUCUCCACCAGCGGUCUUGGACCAGGGUCAUAUGAUCGCUUUGGUCAAGAAGGCAGAGGGCAACAACUUGUACUCAGUGGAGCUGCCUUCGGGAAAAGAGCCACUGUUGGCCGAGCUACCGUCUCGCUUUCCGUUCACAGAUAUGGAUCAAACGUGGCGGUGGAGGCCUCCAGAAUUUGUCAAGAAACCCACCUAUCUCGACGACAGCGAGGAGGAUGAAUCGACCGCAGGCAAAAUGCCACCAGCUGAGGAGUCGGAUUGCGGAGAAUGA